AUGGACUCCUCAUCAAUCACGCAUCUCACGCAAAAGAUUCUGGCCGAACGCGCCCGUCAACAACAACCAAAUCCAACCCCAGAAGCUCCUCCACCACCCUACUCCGAGGAAGACGACGACAUGGAUUCUGACAGCGAAGAAGAGCUACCCGUGAAGCUCACAGUAAAUGCCACGACCAGCAUCAAAGGCUCCAACAACCUGAUCCCCACCUCACCAUCUGUCCUACAAGACGCUACCAAAUUCUCAACCCUCCUUCUCCAUGCUGUGAAUCAAAUCAAUGCAGCAAACACCCAUGCGAACUCCGAAGCAGCUCAAAGCUCGAAGAUGAGAAGACCUCUGAAAGUAGAUCUAACGAUAAACUGUGGAGUCAGUGUCGUAGGUGACAGGAACGUCAUUGGCAACGUCGGGUUGCGACCCAAGAAUCAAGCUACCGACGCCGUAGCCGGGGCGAAGAGAAAAGCUGAGGAUGACGCUCCUGCUUGUGAGGGUCAAUCGGUGAAGAAAGAAAAGCUCGACACGGCUGAGGAGUAA